AUGGCCUCAUCCACCCCAAUCGAGCUCUCCACAGAGCUAAACUAUGACAUGCCCCCCGCGAGGCGACACAUCACCACACUAGACACGCAAGGGCGCUCAGUGUUCGCCCCAGAGCAAGAGAUCCUCUACUGCAAUCGAGGCGGCUACGCCGUCUCGUGGACGUAUGCGACCAGCGAGUUCCCGGCGAAUCUGAAGAGCGACGCAGAUCUGCAGGGUUAUCUAUGCGAGGACCGCAGAAGGCCAAACUCGGUGCUGAAUACUGGCAGUCGGAUCGUCAACGAGGGCGGCAUCAUUUUCAACACCACCAACUUUGCUCCAGGAACCGAGACGGUGAUGCACCGGACUGUCUCGUUAGAUUUCGUCGCUGUGGUUGAAGGUGAGAUGGAGCUGGAGUUGGAUUCAGGGGAGAAAAUGCGCUUGAAACCCGGGGAUUCCAUCGUCCAACGCCAGACGAACCAUCUCUGGAGAAACCCCUCCAAGGACAAACCAGCGCGGAUGAUCUCCAUGUUAACCCCCGCGCAAGCCAUGACAGUAGACGGCAAGGCCAUUGGGGAAGAAGGAUUCAGCGUGCACGCAAUGGGAAAGACACAGGCACAGUAG